AUGUUUCACGUGUGGAAAGAAAGGCACAUCUCUACCCAGUGCAGCGUCAAUCGUCCUAUCCCAGCUACGCCAAUCACUGUCCAUCCUCCUCCAUCUGCACCUGCAAUCGCACCAGCGCCAAAAAGGCAAGCUAUAGGAGGUAGAGUUUACGCUUUAGAACUAGAGGAUACUAAACUUUUUGGCCCAUCUAAAGGUCCCAUCACAGGAACUUUACAUGUUGCGGGACGUCCCACACAUGUAUUGUUCGACUCGGGGGCAACACAUAGCUUUGUGGCCCCUGAGGUAGCUGCCGAGUUUGUGGGUUCAUUUGUGAUUGACAGGAUGGAUGUGGCUGUGAUGACUCCUGGAGACCAAACCCUCCAAUCAAAAGAAGGCCUCAGAAGAGUUCCGUUAGUCAUUUGCGAGAAGAUGUUCUUGGCAGAUUUGUUGGUGGUGCCCUUAAAAGGAUAUGAAGUUAUCUUGGGCAUGGAUUGGUUAUCAGGCUACCAGGCACAAUUAGAUUGUGAAAAAGGUCGUAUUUUGUUCAAGGAGCACGGGCAACAACAAAUAGUGUUUUACGGGAUAAGUCCAAGCAAGUCUGUGUCUUUGAUAGCUGCCUUGAGAGUGGAAGAUUUGUUUCAGGAUGGAGAAGCGUAUCUGGUAACAAUAUCUGCUAGUGAAGGGCCCACUAGCAAUGGAGUUGAAAUUACGGAUAUUGCGGUAGUACAAGAGUUCGAGGAUGUGUUUGCAGCGUUGAAAGAGUUACCUCCACCUCGGAAUAACCCUUUCACAAUUAACUUGGAACCUGAAGCGAAGCUGAUAGCAAAGGCUCCCUACCGCAUGGCACCUUCGGAGUGA